GGCACCAGGAAGUAAGCUGCAGAGGCUAUCAGCUGCAGCUGUUUAUCUUGUGAUUUUUUUUUGGUCAAAUUUUCAAAUAAAACCAUGCAGCUCCAUUUUACUAAAGAUGUAUUACCCGACACGGUCACCAACGACUUUCAGAACCUCAACAAACUCAACGAGGAGCAAUUUGUGCAUCUGAUUCAAAUUCUAUUCCAGUUCCUCCUGGAGCCCAAAGAGACAGAGAGAUUCAUGCAGCAGCUGGCUGAGUUUGCAGGGGAGCAUGGGAUGAGCGCUGGACCCCUCAAGAACCUUAUGAAGAGUGUACUACUGGUGCCACAAGGUGCGAUGAAGAAGAAUCUGUCAGCUGAACAGAUCCGAGAGGACCUGGUAACUUUAGGGUUAAAUGAAGAAAAGGCUGUUCAGUUUUCACAACAGUGGGGGGAGCACUCAGCUGCUCUGUCCAGGUUGGCAGUGAGACAGACUCUGAUGGUGAACCAGCUGGUGGACAUGGAGUGGAAGUUUGGAGUGACAGUUGGGACCAGUGAAAUGCACAAAGUCGGGAACAUUUUUCUGCAGUUGAAGUUGGUGAUUCGAAAAGGAAACUCUACAGAAAAUGUUUAUAUGGAGCUUACACUUCCUCAGUUUUAUAACUUCCUCCAUGAGCUGGAGAGAGCCAAGACCAGCAUGGACUGCUUUACAUGAACCCCACGACAGAACAACUACGCUAUAUGAGGAUUUUUUGUAAUUUUAUGUGUACAUUUUAGAGACUGAGCCAGCUUUUUCAAUUCCAUUACCAGUUACCGAAGUAUCUGCCCUGAUAACGGUUGAUAUCGGGUAUUGGCAAAGACUGAAAAUAGCAUGUAAUUCCUUUAAACAAAAAAAAAAAUGAGAUAAAGAUGAGGUGAAAAAGUAGUGUUCCAUUACUUAUACUGGUCAUAUUCAUUUUCCCAAUAGACUUUCUGACAAAUUCAAAUAUUACAAGUUGAAAGGCACAACGACCAGAUAUGUUGUAACAAAUGUCAGUAACGCAGUUGUCCUCAAUAUCCUUGUGGUCAUUUGUUACCACUGAUUAGUCAUGAGAAAGCUUUCAAACUUUUUUCUUUGGAAAGUCUUUGGGAAAUAUACUUCCAGAACCAAGCGGCGGGUGGUCACGGUUGAGUUCUAUUGGAAUUACGCAAAUUUUUCAGGUGAAUUCAGGCAAAUACUCAAACCAACUCAGCAGUUAGACAUCACACUGCAUUUUUCUAAAGAAGGGUGUAGCUGAGAGCCACAGAUGUUUACUGCUGAGAAAGAGAUAUCUGUGUUACAUCUUAAUAAUGCUUUGGUUUAGCCUUUGGAGUGAAAGCAAAACUUUGGCCAACUUAACUCCAGAGGCAGCCUGACAUCACCGUUAACAAGGACUUUGUGUAUUCUGAAUUAUUUGUUUACUAGCCAUGUUUUCAUAAUUAUGUUGGAAUGUAUUUUAUGUCAUGCAGAUUAAAUUCAUUCAUGUCUGUAUAGAUUUGAGAUAGAUUUCAGUGCGUUUUCAUAAAGUUUGCAUGUACUAUUUACUCUGUUUACUGUAAAUUGUAAACAAAAUCACAUUCAGCACAUUCAGCUGGUUCCAACAUUCCAUUGUGUUUCUUAAUAGAAUUCUGCAGCUGGUGUAAGCCCAUAGACACUUAUUUUUCCCCAGUGUUGCACCCGGUAUUUUCACAACCAUUUUGUUUUAUCAAUUUAUCAUUUUGUACAGGCUAUUUUACUGUCAAUAAAGAACAUAUAUAUAUAAGAACAU